AUGUUCAUAUACCAGAAUGGAUCAGCACUUCACUCUUAUCUGACUGAGUUCUCAAUUAAAGGUUUAUCUGACAUCCCAGAGCUCCAGUUUCCAGCUUUUAUAACAUUUAUGCUCAUAUACAUCAUCAUCAUCCUUGGAAAUACCAGCAUCUUUAUUGCGAUAUCUUUAAAUUCUCAUCUACAUACGCCUAUGUACAUGUUCUUGAUACAUCUUUCCAUCACCGACAUUGUUUAUACUUCAACUAUUCUGCCAAAACUACUAAAUGUGCUCAUCACAAACAAUAGCACAAUCUCAUUUUGGGGAUGUAUAUAUCAGAUGUACAUAUUUUUAGCCAUGGCUUGCACUGAAGUCCUCAUACUUGCAGCCAUGGCAUACGACCGCUAUGUGGCCAUCUGCCACCCUCUACAUUACAUUGGUCUUAUGAGUAUGAAACAAUCUACUGUACUAGCAGCUGCUGCAUGGUCUAUCGGGUUUAUAGACCCUAGUGGGCAUGCUGUCCUUAUAUCUAGACUGUCCUUUUGUGCCUCCCACGUCAUUGACCAUUUCUUCUGUGAUGUUAUCCCACUGCUAAAGAUCUCCUGCAGUGACACAUAUUUGGUAGAAAUGAUUAACUACAUUGAAGGGACGGUAAUAUUGUCGUCAGCAUUUAUACUUACAUUAGUGUCAUACAUAUUUAUUAUCUCCACCAUAACCAAAAUAAAAUCUUCAGAAGGUCGACGUAAAGCAUUUUCUACCUGUUCCUCCCAUCUAACCUGUGUUGUUAUAUUUUAUGGGACUAUAAUCUGUUUGUACAUGAGGCCCACAACAAGUUAUACCCCGAAACAAGACAAGUUUAUUGCUCUUCUUUAUGCCAUAUUGGUUCCUAUCUUGAACCCUGUUAUUUACAGUCUCAAAAAUCGUGAAAUGAAAUUAGCUCUGAUAAAAUUUAAGAAUAAGUUAGUUUGA